AUGAUCCACAACGCUCGCGCUCUGGGACUGUCGCAGUACGUGAAGGCGGCCACCCAAUCGGUCGGAGGCCGCUCCGCUGCAGCCUCUUUUCCCUCGCUAAAGCGUGAUGAGUGGUACAAACGCGAGGAAACCCUACCUCCGGUGAUUCCAGCUUUCGCCAACGACAUCCAACUGAACAAGCUAGUCCUUGGCCAGGCGAAGAGAGUCCUCAAUUUGAAAGGCCAGCUUUUCAACAACAAGAGCCAAUCUAUCACUGGAAUUGGAGUGGGACACCAGUACCGUCUUGCUCACACCGAUCUCCGAAUCCCCGACUUUUCAGACUACCGCCGUAGUUCGAACAAGGACCUCACUAAGCCUAACAAGGAUACUAUUGAUGAGCGCCGUGCUUACGUCUAUCUCUGCACCGCUGGUGUUAGCGUUGGCGGUGCGGUUACCGCUAAGGCCUUUGUGCAAGGACUUGUCACCAUGUUGUCGCCUGCUCGUGACUGUUUGGCUUUGAGUAAGGUCGAAGUUAGCAUUGCCGGCAUUCCCGAAGGCAAAAAUGUCACUGUCAAGUGGCGUGGCAAACCCGUUUUUAUUCGCCGCCGUACUGCUAAGGAAAUCGCCAUCGAGCGAGCUGUUGAUUUGAAGGAAUUGCGCGACCCUGAAGCCGACGAAAAGCGCGCUCCAACUGGAGAGUGGCUCAUUGUUGUUGGAAUCUGCACUCACCUCGGCUGCGUGCCCAUUCCCGGAAAGGGAGAUUUUGGCGGCUACUACUGUCCCUGCCACGGCAGUCACUACGACGCCUCUGGUCGCAUCCGCAAGGGCCCAGCUCCAUUGAACCUGGAAGUUCCGGCCUACGAGUUAACUGGUGAUACUCUCGUUAUUGGAUAG